CUCUCUCUCUCUCUCUCUCUCUCUCUCUCUCUCUCUCUCUCUCUCUCUCUCUCUCUCGCGCGCGCUUAGUCUUUCAAAAAAGUCUUCUUCUUUGUCUGACUGUUGUGUGUGAUAGUGGGACAUUAUUUCAACUACAUCUCCUUUUCUGUGCUUUGGAAAUCUUCCUGUGUUUUUGGUAUAGCUGCCCUUUGUUUUGUUUUUUAAAUUUCAACAUCUACCUGAUCACAUUUUUGCUGUUGCUGUUUGACAACCUGCACAGAGCAGGGUCAACCAAGAAUGUCAGUCUCCCAAAACCCCUCCAGUGGCUUUGAAGUCAUAUUUUCUACUCUACAGAAUGCAGAGGAUGCCGAGAGCACCCUAAAUGUUCUCAAUAUCCUGGAUGAACUCCUGUCUGCAGGUACUGAUCAUCGUAUUCACUACAUGAUCAGUAAAGGUGGAAGUGAAGCCUUGCUCAGUGCACUGAUGAAGAAUGGCAGCAGGUCCAGUCCCGACUACACCAUUCUGCUGCCUAUACUAUACCUGGUAGCCAAAGUAGGACAAAAAGACUGUCAUAUAGGUAAAAAAGCUGAGGAGGCUGGAGCUGUGCUACUGACUCUAAACCUACUCAAAAACAACAUUCAACAUGCCGGGAGGGCUGAAGCAUACCUCAACGUCAUCCAAGUUUUUGCUGGAUCAGCAGCAUCGCGCUACGCUUUAGCCACAUCUCCAUGUUACAGUGCGUCAUCAAGGCAACCGCAGUUUCCACAUCAAAACAUAUUGGAUCAAACCAAGGGCUGGAUGUCGUCUACAACCUUAUCCCUCGCUAUACCAUCAAGAAUCGGCAAACAAUUAAAAGAUAACAUCUGCACAGCAGUGACCAAGGGUUAUGUGUCUGGUCUCUUACUGCUGUAUGAUGACUGGCACAGUAAGGACACUAAUCACUCUGCCACUGACAUCCUCCAGGCACUGCUCCAUUGCUUUUGUAAAAUUGCAUGCAGUGCUCUGGGCAGAGACAAUUUAGUGUCCCAUGGAGGCAUACGACUUCUUUAUCAUACUACUCAGACAUACUUGUUGAAUAAAUGUCAGGAGUCGCUGAUAGAGUCAUCUGUUCAGCUAAUGAGAAGUUGCCUGCCUAAAACCCGUCUACCACUGACAUCAGAUCAAUCCGCAUACCUCUUCCCCUUGCCUGGAAGACAACAUGAUGAUCUUGAUAUGGUUGCAACUUCAGAUGAGAGCAAUGGUGAUGAUGAUGAUGAUGAUGAUGAUAAAGUGGAGGACGAUUACCAAGAGGCUCAGAGCAAAGACUAUGAUAACGACUUGGAGACUGAUUUGAACACACUUUGUCUUCGUCCUGCCACAGACAGACCCAAAGAGCUUUUGCUGCAAUACAGCCGUCUCUGUCCAGAACUCUCACAUGACUUCCUGGAGGAUCUGGAUUUGAAUUCACAAGAGAGUUCAUCAUCAUCUUCAUCUGAUGACGAAACUGGGCCGGAAAAAAAAACUCCUGAGUUUCUGUCCCAGACAGAAAAAGGCACAUCAGAUCAAACCAAAUCAGCUCCUUGCCCGUUAAAGGUCAAAGAUUUCUAUAGCCAUACUGGUAUUAACACCCGAUCUGGUGGAACCAAGACUGGAGAGACGAGGGAAGAGGCCAACUCAAGUCUGACAGAUGAUGAACAGAAAAAUAAAAAUGAGGGAAAUGGAAAAUGUUAUAAUUCUCCUAUGACAGAUUUAAUCGACAUACAUAAUCAUGACAUCCCCUACCAUGAACCCAGUAUGUAUCGAGCUGCAGCCAUGAAAACAAAAUCUGUCCCAGGAUUCAGCACGCUUGCUUUUCCUGAUUUUUGGGGUCAGGUCCCACCACCUGGAAAUGAACCCAUGGCUCCACGCAAGCCCAACAUCCAGAGGCAGAAAGUGCUUGAAGAUAUUCAGCGUUUCUUGAAUACCGAUAUCAUCAACCAAGUGGUCUUUGAUUUGGAAGAUGAGUGUUUGCAGUUUCCACCUGCAGAGCCAGACUCCUUGAGAUUCUUUUCCAGUUUUGAAUGCGGCAACCUGAGAAAGGCUAUUCGCGUUCGCAGAUACGAAUAUGACCUAAUAUUGAAUGCAGAUGCCAACUGUUCCCAGCACACUCAGUGGUUUUAUUUUGAAGUCAGUAACAUGGUGCCCGAUGUUCCCUACCGUUUCAAUAUCAUCAACUGUGAGAAGAGCAACAGCCAGUUCAACUACGGAAUGCAGCCAGUGCUUUACUCAGUACGGGAUGCAUUGAAUGGCAAACCCCAAUGGUGCAGGUCUGGGACAGAAAUUUGCUAUUUCAGAAACCACUUCUGUCCCGUUCGUGGCCGACUGAGAACAACAUUUUAUACACUAACAUUCACCAUCACCUUCAAAUACAGUGAGGAUGUCUGUUACCUGGCCUACCAUUACCCUUAUACAUACUCUGCUCUAAGGGCUCAUCUGCGUUUGCUGAAUAGAUCAGUUGAUCCCAGUAAGGUGUUUUUCCGAGAACAGGUUCUUUGUCCUACUCUUGCUGGCAAUGCUUGCCCAUUUGUCACCAUCACUGCAUGUCCUCCCAGCAAGAGCUAUACAGAUAUUCAUCAGCUGCGUAACCGCCCCUGCAUUGUGCUGUCAAGUCGUGUCCAUCCCGGUGAAUCCAAUGCCAGCUGGGUAAUGAAAGGCACCCUAGAAUUUCUAUGCAGUCAUGAUCCAAUAGCCCAGGCAUUGAGAGAGACAUUUGUCUUUAAGAUCAUCCCCAUGCUAAACCCAGAUGGAGUGAUUAAUGGAAUGAAUCGCUGUGACCUGAACAGAGAUGACUUGAAUCGUCAGUGGUGUAAACCAGACCCUGUUCUCUGUCCAACAAUCUACCAUACCAAAGGCUUCCUCUCCUACCUCAGUAGUAUUAGACGGACUCCCUUGGUCUUCUGUGACUAUCAUGGCCACUCUCGAAAAAAGAACGUUUUUUUGUAUGGCUGCAGUGUAAAGGAAACUUUAUGGCAAUCAGGUUCUACAUUUGACACAGCAGCACUGAAAGAAAACCCUGGAUAUAGAACUAUUGCAAAGGCCUUGGAUCGUAUUGCACCAGCCUUUUCUUUUAACAGCUGCAACUAUUUGGUGGAAAAAUCUCGUUCUGCCACUGCCCGAAUCGUUGUCUGGAAAGAAUUGGGCGUGCUGAGAAGUUAUACCAUGGAAAGCACUUUCAAUGGUUUUGACCAGGGAAUAUACAAGGGUCUUCAGACAAGAACCAGGGAGCUCGAAGAAAUGGGAAUGAAAUUUUGCCACAGUCUGCUCUCCCUGACUGUAGAUACAAGGGCCCUUUACGGCAGAAGUCUUAUCAACCACAUGAAUCCGGGACAUAACGUCCUUGAUCAUAAGUCACACAACUGUUUUGAAGAUGAUGAGCCCCCAUGUGUUGAAGAAAUUGAAUAUUCUAUGUUUCCUGGUCUUAAAGGCAAGGAUUUGAAUUGGACCUAAAAGGAUGCAUGGCCAACACUUAUGCAGAGGGUGGCGCUGAAGGACAAAGGACAGAAAAUAAAACAGCAAGAUGGUGUCAUUCAUUCACCACAGUCAAGUCGCCUGCUCCCUCAUCUGAUAACACAGAUGUUUACUGAAACGAAAGAUGAAAAAAGUGUGCUCAUGUGACCCUUGCCAAUGGGACCCCGGUCUGAUCUGAGCACGCUAUUAACUGUAUCUUAGCUUUCAUUACUCAACUGAGUUUGCUCACUUAUUAAAGUUCAAUCUGAUACUAUGAUAUGACCCUUGUGUAACACUAGCCAGAUAUUGUAAUUGUGCCUCCACCAUUCCACUCACUUAUGGUGCAUGAUCUUCGCCCCGCUAAAUAUUUAAAUAAUUUGGGUCUGCUAUAUUGUCAUGGUCACUGUCAUAUUUAUUGAUCUACAUUAGAUUUUUUGAGAUACUUUCUGUUGCAGUAACACAAGAAAUUUGAAUUUGUGUGUGAAUAUGUUUGAAGCCAUUCUAUGUUUGAAUUUGUCAACAUAUAUUUCUGACAAAAAAAUUAAAUAUCUUGACCGAAUUCAUAUUGCAAUAAAGCAUAAAUACUGCAAACCGGAUUUGGUUGAAGA